ACGGCGGCGGACAGAGGUUUUUUUUGGGGUGGGGGUGGGGGGUCGGAAACAGUUUGUGCCGAGAUUCAGACGAGGAAAGUUGAAGCGUUUCACCGGUCGCUGAUACGUCGUGCGUCCUGGACACGAGCUUGUACUGUGUGCUGUCCUUUCAUAACCGGUGCUUGCUGAGACCAGAGGGUUCCCUGCGAGAGGGAGCACAAGGCAAACAUCAUGGCUUUAGCAGGAUGCCCUGACUACUUUUUACGUCACUCAAACUACCAGGAAAGGAUGGAGCGCACCUCCUCCCACCGGCCUGAGGAGCUGAUCGUUUCCGGCUUUCAGCGCACAGCCAGUCAAGCUUCGCCACAUCACCAUGAUGACGACGUGGACCUGGAGCAGCUGGUGAAUGACAUGAACUCCUCUGUGGAGAGCGUGCCAUCCACGCAGGCAGAGACGGCGCUCCUCCUAAACAACGGUCACAUGCACACGCCUCACCACCAGCAUCACCACCACCACGCUGCCCAUCUGGGACAUGGCCAGGUCCACCGCCGCCACACCCCGCCCCUGCGGCCCUCGCCCCCCGCCAGGGAAGGACUGAAGUACUCUCAGCCCAUGCACAUCCAGGCUGUUAGGUGCCUAAAGGAAGAGCAGCACCUGCGUCCCGCCUCCCUGCCCGCCAUCCCCAACCCUUUUCCGGAGCUGUGCAGCCCAGCAGGAUCCCCCAUUCUCAGCCCAAUUCAGACCUCCGACAGCCAUAUCGUGAAGGUUUGGAGCGAGGAUGGCGCCGGCAAAGUGGUGGAGAUUCCAGCCGACAUGACGGCGAGAGACGUGUGUCAGCUGCUGGUCUACAAGAGCCACUGCGUGGACGACAAUGCCUGGACGCUGGUGGAGCACCACCCCGUCCUCGGUCUCGAGAGGUGUGUGGAGGACCACGAGCUGGUGGUUCAGGUGCAGGCCUCCAUGAGCAGCGACAGCAAAUUCCUCUUCAGGAAGAACUAUGCCAAAUAUGAAUUCUUCAGGAACCCACUCCCAUUGUCAGCGUGUUGGUUUGUGUGCUUCUUUCCCAUCCAGAACUUUUUUCCAGAGCAUAUGGUGGCUUUGUGUCAUGAGUCUGACUGUUCGAUCCCUCAGUCACAGCUCUUACAGAAUUUUCUGAACUCCAGCAGCUGUCCUGAGAUCCAGGGCUACCUGUAUGUGAAGGAGCCAGGAAGAAAGUCCUGGAAGAAGCUCUACAUGUUCCUGCGACGCUCAGGCCUUUACUACUCAACUAAAGGAACAUCCAAGGAACCCAGACAUCUGCAGCUUCUCUCAGAUCUGGAGGACAGUAACAUUUACACCAUCAUCACUGGGAGGAAGCUUCACAACGCCCCUGCAGACUUCCAGUUCUGCAUUAAGCCCAAUAAAGCCAGGAGUGACUGUAAGGAGCUCAAGAUGUUGUGCGCCGAGGACGAACAGAGCAGGACGUGCUGGAUGACCGCCUUCCGACUGCUCAAAUACGGGAUUGUCCUGUACCAGAACUACAAUGUGCCCCUGCAGAGGAAGGCUAACAACUCAUCUUUCUCUGGGCCCGUGCGGAGCGUAUCCGAGAACUCGCUGGUUGCCAUGGACUUCUCGGGAAGAACCGGCCGCGUCAUUGACAAUCCCAUCGAGGCCCAGAGCGCCGCCCUGGAGGAGGGACAAACUUGGAGGAAAAGAACCCACCGUAUGAAUGUCCUGGGCAGCCCCAGCCCCCUGCACCCAUCCUCUAUGAACACAGUCAUCCACAGGACACAGGUGUGGUUCCACGGUCGUAUUAUGAGAGAGGAAGCCCACAAAAUGAUUAUACAACAAGGCCAAGUAGAUGGGUUGUUCCUGCUGCGGGACAGUCAGAGUAAUCCCAAGGCAUUCGUGCUCACCUUGUGCCACCACCAGAAGAUCAAGCACUUCCAGAUCCUACCGGUGGAGGAGGACGGCCAGGUUUUCUUCAGCCUCGACGACGGCGCCACCAAGUUCACGGACCUGAUCCACCUGGUGGAGUUCUACCAGCUCAACAGAGGAGUGCUGCCCUGCAAGCUCAAACACCCCUGCACCGCUGUGGCCUUGUGACACUUCACCCACCUGACACAGCUCUCCCCCCACUUUUUUUGCACAUCAGAAGAUUUCCCCCCAUUGCCUGCUCCCUCACCGACUAGGCGGGGUUGAGGAGAAAGAGAGAGAGAGAGAAAGCAGAAGGCCACGGGGCUUUUGGGAGCGCACUCGGCUCCGGCACCUGGUUUGUGGUGUUUUUCUCCGCCUUACCGCCGUUCGGACUGUGGCGUCACGGCGAUAGAUAGAUAGCUUUGUCUGGCUCCAGCGACGUUAAUUUUUUUUAUUUGUUUUCCCUGGAGGGUCCGGUAGGUUCGUCAAACGCCAAAAAAAGUUGUGAAAACGCAAGACCACUAAAGCGACACGUUUUACAGCAGGAGUGUUUGAGGGUCUUUCGAAUGGAUCUCCCUCCCAAACCCCCUUCUCCUCCCCUCCAGGCCGGAUAAGCUGUGGCGCCCGCAGGGAGCGCCACCCUCUGACUUCCUCACUGAUUAUCAGGGAUGGACGGGAACCUCGCUGGCUCUGACUGAAAUCGGAUCCAGGAGUUUCUCAACCUGUGCAGUCCAGUCUGGAUAAGCUGACACCCCCGUCCCUCUCUCCUCAUCACAUUAGCGGGUUGGAAGUGACGUAUCCACAAACCCCCCUCCAACUCCACACACUUUGGUGCAACCCCCAAUCCUGUCGCCUCCACAGAAGCUCAAACAGUUGGAACAGACUGAUGGACGGACGGAGGGAAGAAGCGGCCGAAGGCGAAGACGAGAAGAGCAGCGGCGAUGGCGAGGGUUUGCUUAAAAGAAAAAAAAGACAGAGGAAUGUUUAAUCAGGAAGGCCGUAACAAGCCUCUCUUGUAGAGUUAAUUACUUGAUGUCAUUUAAUGCUGUUUUUUAUUCAUGUCAAUUCAAUGCAGAACUAGUUUUGCACUCCUGGGCGGACAGGCAGCAGCUCUCUGGCUAAAGCGAAGCCGCCUCCUUUUUCUCCUCCGCUCUGUUUCUGCAAAAGGGGCGCGCAUGUGAAUCUCCGCCCGCGGCGGACGGUGGCGGCGGCAGCGUGUGAGGCGGAGAUCCAGCUGAUUAUGCAGCUCCCAUCAGAGAGGUUUAGGAGCGUCUAAAAACCUCUGGUGUGGCUCGCAUCAUCAUCACCAUCAUCAUCAUCAUCAUCAACACCACCGCAAUUUAAUGAAUGUGCUCCUGAACCAGCUGCAGCUCCUCAAGACUCUGAGGAAGAGGAGGAGGAAUACUAAUUUUAUAGACUUCUGAAAAGUGUCCCGCCCCCCAAACUUCUACCGUUUCUUUGUUGUUGUUGUUGUUUUGUUUUUUUUUUUUUAAUCAAAAGGGUUAUAUUUGUCGGUGAAUCUGUUUCGGAAUGUUUUCCUGAGUCUAAUCCGAGUUCAGUGCUUGCACAUUUUGAAUCAUUCUGAUUGUGGUUGGAGCUGUCCCGUUCGGAUCCUGACCACUGUUCCCUCCUACAAAGCAACAAAAGCACUCUCGUAACUUUUUUUUUCUUUUUUUUUUUUUUGUUUGACUUUAAAUAUGGAAUUUGAACAAAUGACUUGAAAUGUGAACCCGGUCGUCCGUCGACUGAGCUUCACUUGCCUUAAGUGAAAAUGAUGAGCCAUGCGUAUGAAAUUGAAGAAGCGAUCUUAAAAUGCACAUACAGUGAGAUGUUUGCGGUUUGAAGGCGGUGGAAGGACAUCUGGAGUGACUAUGUGAACCAGUAUGUUGAGGGAUAGUGCUAGAUUUUGGGAAAUUAUCUUUUUUUUUUCUUUCUUUUUCUUUUUUUUGCCACUUUUAGAGCUGUAUGCUAAAUAUGGAGUUUUUUUUUUUAUUUGCGCUUGUAAAUUUAUUAAAAAUAAUUUGAGAUUUUAGUUGAACAAAAGCUUGAAUUUUACUCUGAGAUUAUAAACUGAUAUUUAAGUUACACAUUAAUGAAAAAGCACGUUUUUUGUUUUGUUUUUUAAAAAUAUAAAUUAGGAUUUUUUUUUUUUCUAGAACUACAUUUCUGGGUGCUUGUGCUGUCUUGAUUGUCAAAAUUAUUAUUAUUUUGUCCUGAAUUUUUACCCACAUCCCCCCUGUUUGUUUUUUCAUUUAGGAAAGAUCACAUUUACCAUACAGGCAACAAUCUUGUCUUAAGUCUUGAACUUUAGGCCACAAAUUUAUAGGUUUGUAGAUUUUAAAAUAAAUUACGUCAAACUAACAGCACCCACAUGACAAUGGGGAUGUUUACAUGCACUGCAAUAUUUCUAUUAAACCAGAUUAGAAAUUUUCCUGACUGAAGGCUGACAUGUUGGGUAUUUUCCAAAAUUGCCAAAAAUGUCAUAAAUGAAUAAGUCAGUAAGUUAUUUUACUCUAUGAAUAUAUCCCAUAGCAUUCAAAUUAUUAAAUACAUAAGGUAUUUAUGUAAAAUUAGUUAAAAUCUGUUUUAAAAUAGUUAUCUAAAUAUUUAUUAAGAUUUCUCAUGGUUUACUUGUUGCGGGACACUUAAAAAACCCUUAAUGUUAUUUUUUUUGUGAUUGGUUUAUUUGCACAAACUUGAAACCAGUCAUCUUCUUGAGAGCAAUGUUAGCCCUACCCACUUAUUUUGAUGGGUAAGGCUCCCGUUGAAAACGAAUUAAAAUGAGCUGCUGUCCUUCAAAUGAAUUGAUAAUAGUGAAAAAUAAUGCAGGAAACGUAUUCUAAUUACAUUACAGUUCUGAUGUUAAAUUAUAGAUUUUAUAAAUUGUUUUUGUGCUUUUCAUGUAUUUGUUAAAGAUAGUAACAUAUUUAAGUAACCAUCUUAAUGAUUUUUUUUUAAUGAAAUUUGGGCUCUUUUGGACUUCCCUAAUAAACAGCCUUUCCCAUCACCUUACUUCAUACAAGUGAGAAAACAGCUACAAUAAAACCACUUGCCUGGAUUUUUUCACAUCUACAGUUUGAGUAACAAAAAGUUAUAACAAAUGGGAUCCUGACCGAGGUCAUUAUGUUCUCCCAUCUUUAAACGUGAGGACUUUAAAUGGUAGCGCUGAGGUAACUGAACAAAACUAAGUAGGAUUGUCAUGAAAAUGUGGAAAAAAGUCUGCCAGAUGUUGGGUAUGAUGGAGGAUCUGUGAUGCUGUGGGCCUGCUCCUUUUCAAUAUCAACCCUGAAUUACCUGAAAGCUUUUCAAUAAAAAAAAAACCCAAAUGAUUCACCAAAAUAAAAAUAAAAAACUUUUCCAGCAGUUAUCUUAUUCUCCAAACAUACAUGUUCUAGAAAACCUGAUGAGCUAAAGAAGGAGGAUCUAGAUCAGCUGUAUGAAAAGAAAUCCAUCCAUCAGUAAAAGUGUUAUACAAAAUAUUAAUUUUUAGGAUUUGGAGAGAACUGUGUGUGUUACUCAAACACUGGAAUUGUCCAUAUUAUAAAGUACAGAUUUGAAAGAUUGCUGUGCAUGUAAAUUUUAACCUUAACAUGUUUUAAAACAGAAUCCAACUCUUUGUAAACCUCCUUGGUUGCAAAAAUGUCACAUUAUCCAGAUUUAGCAGAGAUCCGAAGAGGAUUUUUUUUGUUCUUCAAAACAUUGUUUCAGGUUCCACAAAUUCAAAGACUAAAGCCUUUUAUGUUGUUGAAAUUGUUCAUACGUUUAUGUUGGAAUUUCUGAAAAAUCACUGUCAAAAAGAGUUUAAUUUCCCCCUUUAAUUAUAUAGAAAUACAUGAAAGUUUUUUGUUGGUUUAGCAGAAAUGCCAAAUGUGGCAGUUUUCAUCAUUUAUAUGUAAAAAUAAGACGAGGGGAGUUUGGAUGAGGUUCUUGCCUGGUUCAGGUUUUCUACAAAACAUUUUCAUUAUUUUCUGAGCAAACCGUCCGCAGGCUGAACGCAUCGGAGGAUCGGACAGUCAAAACAAUAACACUAGACGUCAUAA